GACACACCGAGAUCGCUCCAGACCGGCGCGCGCCCCAUCACCAUUGGUCCGCCGAUGCACAGAUCCUCUGCCAUGGACUCGAAGGCCACGAUCAAUAAGGGCAACUUUCUCUCGCAGCAGGAAGACUUUCAUCCGUUCAUCGAAGCGCUACUGCCGUACGUGAAGUCGUUCAGCUACACCUGGUUCAACCUGCAGGCGGCCAAGCGGCGCUACCUGAAGAAGCACGAGAAGAAGAUGACGCACAACGAGGAGAACAAGUGCAAGCGCGACUUUCAGAACGAGAACCCGGAGACGAAGCAGAAGUGGGCCGCCCGGUUGCUGGGCAAACUGCGCAAGGACAUCACCCACGAUAGUCGGGAGAACUUCGUGCACUGCAUUUCGAAGAAGAAAACGUCCAUGUGCAUCCUGUCGAACCCGGACCAGAAGGGCAAGAUGCGGCGGAUAGACUGCCUGCGCCAGGCGGACAAGGUCUGGCGGCUCGAUCUGGUGAUGGUGAUCCUGUUCAAGGCGAUACCGCUCGAGAGCACCGACGGUGAGCGGCUGGAGAAGGCCUGCUUCUGCACCAGCCCGAGCCUCUGCAUCAACCCGUAUCACAUUCAAGUAUUAAUCAAGGAGCUGGACCUCUACCUGGCGAACUUCAUCAAGUGCUUCAGUGACGAGGAAAAUCAGAGCGAAAAGUCGCACAACAGUUCGCGAAAGUUCUCCAAAACGACGACCGCCAGCAGCAACAAGGUGUUCAGCUACGACUUCAUCACACCGACCGGUGUCUUCACCUCGUCCGAGCUCUGGAGCCUAACGCAAGGUGAGCCCGAAACCGCCCGUCGGCGUAACGUACCGUGGGACGGGAACUGGGCAAACUGGGCGAUUUACGUCCGGGUGGGGCGCAGUCGUGAGCAGAGCGACACAAAUGCACUUAUUUCUUCUCAUUUCUGGAGUGACCUUUCGGCCCCUUCUUCAGGUUCUAUAGGUCCUACGGCGCGCCCUUUUCUUGUAGCACUUUUCUUCAUCCUUUCGCAGCUCAGCUAG